ACACCCGCAAAUCUAAAAACUCCAUAUGGUUAUGUCCAUUGUAAACUGAAACGUUUUUUACAGAGAACUAUAUAAUUGUUCGGCAUAAUAACAUUCACUGACGUCGUUAAACGGCUUUUUCAGUUGCUAUGCAAUGCAUGCGAUCCGUGAAUUUCACUUUCUUUAGUCUGCUUAAUUGACAUCCAUUUUUUAAAUGCUUACUGAAAUGGGAAGAAAUUAACAUUUACAAUGUCAAUGAAAUAUAUCCUAUUCCGUGAAAAAAAUCCAACCGUUGACGUUUGAACAGUUAACUUGCAACAACUGUACUGCUUUCCAAUGACGUCACUGGUUGCUGAUGCGAAAUGAAUUCGUCCAUAGGGGUGUUGGUUUAACUGUAUUAUCUAGUGCUUUAAAACAAACAACACACAUUGUAAACUGAUGGUAAGUAUGUUCUGUAAUAUGAUUGGCUAAUAAACAUUGUCGAAUGGCAUUCGAUACCCUCAAAUUAGUAAGUUAAUCACUGCUCAUGAAUACAUUGUUACUAUUUCAAACAACAAAAUGGCAGACAACCAAAGUGGAUCACCUCUUCAAAUGGAUACGCCAAAUUUAACCUAUUUGACGACGAUACAAAUUGGCAGACAGAUGAAGUUCUGAUAGAUAUGUUGAUGAAAGAUGAUGUUCUUGAUGAUACAACUGAAGCAAGUGCAACGUCCUCGACAAGCGCCAAUGGCAACAGCGGUCUGGAUGACCUUGAUCAACUUGCUCAACAAGUUGCAACAGACACCAAGAACCAGCGAUUUGUCAAGGUGGAUGAAGAACACCUAAAAAAGAUAAUUGGGGAUUCUUUGUCAAAAGCCACAGGACGGAAUACAAUAUGGGGUGUCAAGAUAUUGAAACAAUGGCUUGAAGUUCGUGGAUUUUCCACUGAUUUUGAAACUCUUGAUGCGACUACUCUGAACGAGAGGCUUCGCCUGUUUUAUGCAGAAGUCCGGAACACCCAGGGCGAACUGUACUCUAAAUCGACUUUUGUUGGUCUCCGAGCAGCAAUCCAUAGGCACAUUAGGGCACCUCCUUUUGAACGAAACCUAAACAUUCUCAAAGAUAGCGAAUUUCACACAUCUAACAAUAUUUUCCUGUCGAUGAUCCGUAAUCUAAAGAAAGAGGGACUUGAUGAAACAAAACACCACCCCGCAAUCUCGGCAAUAGAGCUUGACAAGAUUAGGAAUAGCUUCAAUUUAGAUUCUCCCCUUGAUCUUGUUAAAAAGGUGUGGUUUGACAUUACACUAGGUUUUGCACGCCGUGGGUCAGAAAAUCAGCGAGAACUUUCAUCCAAUUCAUUUAAAAUUUCAUCUGAUGAGGAUGGUUACGAGUUCAUCGAAAUGACACAUUGCGAAAUCACAAAAAAUCAUCGUGGUGAUUUAAAAGAUGCCGUUGAACCUAAAAAACGCAUUUAUUCAACAAAUUCCGUGUACUGCCCGGUUUCCUCGUUCAAAAUUUACAAAUCCAAAAUGAAUCAAAAUAAUCCAUCAUUUUACCAACAGCCAAAACAAUCCGUCUCUGAAAGCGAUUCAGUUUGGUACACGUCACGUCCAAUUGGGAAAAACAUCAUAGCUUCAUUCGUGAAAGAAAUAUGCAAAGCCGCAAACAUUGAAAAAGUGUACACAAACCAUUGUCUUCGCGCCACCGCAGUCACCUUGCUGUCGCACGCUGGUUUAGAGAACAGGGAGAUUUGUAAAAUCACGGGUCAUCGCACUGACGAAUCUUUAAAAUCAUAUUCCCUGGAAUCAAGCUCUGUCCAAAAACGUGCAUAUUCCCAAAUCUUGCAAGGUGAAAGGGGUGUUCUUACUCCAUAUGGCAACAGACCAAAUCCAAACAGAAAUGUACAUAAUUUCCAAUUUGAUCGUGCUGCAGAAAAUGUAACAUGUGGUCUUUUCAACAUGCAAAACUCGACUGUCACAAUAAAUAAUUACUUUCAGUAGGUCAAGACUGUCCCAUUACCAUUACAGUAGGGUAUUAAUUUUUGUUCGUAUAAAAUUGUUAAAAUUGGUUUCAACAAAACACCAAAAAUAGGUUCACCAAUUAAAAAUGUAUUGACACUCUGCUGAUUUGAUUAAAUAACUUUGACAUAUGUAA